AUGUCUGCUGAACAACCAGUCGAACAAGUUGAACAAGUUGAAGUUGAAGAGACACAGUCCGCUCACUUCGCUCCACGUGCUACAUUCGUUGGCCACAACGCUGCCAUCGAAUCCAUCGAAAUCGAUAAUGAGCACAACUACCUCGUCUCUGCUUCCCGCGAUAAGUCAGCUCUCGUUUGGAAGCUUAACCGCACACAGGAACAGUGGGCUACACCAUUCACACGCCUUAUUGGCCACAACCACUUCGUUUCUGAUGUUUCCCUUUCCCGCGAUGCUUCCCACCUUCUCACAUCAUCCUGGGACUCCACACUCCGCCUUUGGGACCUCUCCACACGCACAACAAAGAAGCUCUUCCUUGGCCACAAGAAGGAUGUCUUAGGUGUUACAUUCUCACCAUGCAACCGCCGUAUCAUCUCCGUCGGCCGUGAUAACCAAGUCAAGAUCUGGAACAUCCUUGGUGAAAACAAGGCUGAACUCCAGUGCUCUUCCUGGGUUACAUCUGUUGCCUGCGCUCCAAUGGCUGACGAGACAUCCCCACUCGUCAUCGCUGUCGGCUGCUGGGAUGGCAAGGUCUACAUCUGGUCCAUUGAGAAGGAGGCCAAGCUCAUCAAGGAAUUCAAGGCUCACGAUGGCCGCUGCACAUCUGUUGACUUCACACCAGAUGGCAAGUGGGUUAUCACAGGUGGCUCAGACCGCAAGGUUGUCAUGUGGCUCACAGAGAACGGUGCCAAGACAAUCUCCUUCACAGCCCCAUCUCCAGUCCACGCCGUCGCUGCCUGCCCAACACAGGCUUGGAUCUGCGCCGCUACAUACGAAGGCAUCGCUGUUUGGGAUAUCGGUGCCAAGCAACAGAUCGAUCUCGUCCAGCCAAACUUCAAGCAUGAAGGCAAGCGCAAUGCCGGCCGCACACCAGACUGCACAUGCCUCGCCUGGGCUGCCGAUGGUUCCGUAUUGUACUCUGGCUACAAUGACGGCUCCAUCCGCGCUUGGGAGGUCAAGUCAGCCUAA